AAUGCCCGUCGAUGAUGAAGGUUGCAGCCGAGAUAACACCGAUGAUGGGGAGGAGAAGGAGGAAGUCGAUGAGGUUUUUGGACCUGUACCACCUUGGGAACAGAAGACGAAAGCAGAUGAUGAUGACUACGCCGAACGAUUAAUGCGUGUGGAAGCACAGCAGGCUAGCAAGGGAGCAACAAGCAAACGACCCGAAUGGAUGACGCAGUUACCAAAACGACUCACUGGCUAUGGUUUAACAGCUCGAACGUUUUCUAACAUCAAAGAUUCACCGGGGAGCGAAGAAGCUAAGCGUGCAUGGACAGAAACCUUAGAGGAGAAGAAAAAACGUUUGGAGAGCGGUACGCCGUCAUCUAUCGCUGGACCAAGCGGAUUAUCUUUGGAGGUACAAGGUGAAGCGAAUGCUGAUGCUGCGCAAGCUCGACGUGCUGCGGUUUUUGAAGUAAUUUUUUCUCAAAAUUUUGUAAAAUAUGUUUUUUGCAUUCUCAAAUUCUGGUCUUUUUUUUGUGCUCUUCAGUUUCGUAGAACUAGGAAUUUUCGUCUCACCUCAGCACAUUUCGUUGUCCAUGCAACUGGCGCUCUUAAAAUAGUUUAUAUGCGGUUGAAAAAGAAAGGAAAGAAAGAGCUGGAGGGCUGGAGGCCCUUUCUUUCCUUUCUAUUUCAACCAUUUAUAAACAAUUUUAAGAGUGCCCGCUGCACGGACAACGAAAUGUGCCGUUUUAAGUGA